AAGACUGUCCUCAACAGCCAAGUAGCUACCAGGAAGUCUAGAAGUUCAAGGCUGCGGGGAACUGCUAAAGAGAUAGAAUACUAUUAGCCAUGGCUGAGAGAAUAGAGAUUUCUGAUGAUAAUAGGAGUGAUGGAAGUGAAAUUCAAACCAAAACCUCAUCUCUAUUAUGUUUUCCAGGGCAUUUGUCCUUUGACUUGAAUCAAAAGGCCAUGGAUGAAGAGGAUAGUAGCACCACUGGUGUUCCUGAAAAUGAAGUUAAAGAGGACGAGACAUCAACAGAUGCUAAUUACAGUAACAGUAGUAACAACACAACUGUAGAAGGGAAAGAACGAACAACAGUUAGGCAAUAUAUUCGAUCAAAAAUGCCUAGGCUCCGUUGGACUCCUGAUCUCCAUCUUGCUUUUGUGAAUGCUGUUGAAAGGCUUGGUGGGCAAGAAAGAGCAACUCCCAAAUUAGUUCUUCAGUUGAUGAAUGUGAGAGGACUUAGCAUAGCUCAUGUAAAGAGUCACUUGCAGAUGUAUCGAAGCAAGAAGCUUGAUGAUUCUGGACAAGUUCUAUCUCACACGAGUAGACCGAUGUAUGUAAGAGAUCACAUUCUGGAGAUGUACCAAAGAGCCAGUCCUUACGGACACUUUAGAAUGGAGAACAGGAGCCACUUCUUUUCUCCUGUAUUGAGACAGAAGUUUGACCCCAAAGCUAGCUCUUCAAGAAACCAACAGUGGGCUUUCGAUCAUGAUGUGAGGCAAACAAGUUCGCUAUGGAGGAAGGAUUCUGAACUUGAUCUGAUGAGUACGGAUUGGAACAAGGACCGGUCAACAAACUCACACCUGUUUGAUGUAAGGGAUGGGGGAACAGGAAUUGUGCCGAUUCAUACUAGCCGAUUUCUUGAAGAGAAGAAGUGGCCUCCACGGGAGUUGAUCGAAAAUCAAGGGAAGGGUAGAAAUAAUUCUCAAAAUAUAUGUUGGGAUGGUUCCUAUUCUGAACUUCUAUUAAACCAAAUGCAUCCGAAGCCAAUUUCAUUUGGUGGCAAUAACUAUGCCAUGCAGCCUUCUAUUUGGAGUACCAAUCCCAGCAUCAUCAACAAACAACUUCAAUCCAACAGAUGUAAUCCCUUGUUCUUAUCAAAUAGCUUUGAACCUGAGUUUGAAUCCCCAUUUCGAGUCGAGCUCCACAGGUUACAAGAAAAACAACCCCAGAGCAUAAAUGAAAUGGUAUUGCAAGCAGAAGAAAGUGCCUUUGUAGACAGGUUUAAAGAGAAGAAACAGCUACCUGAUUUACAGUUAAGUUUGAGCCACAACUUUGAAAUUGGUAAUGAAGUGAAUAUUAAUCCUCGGGAAAGCACCAAAGAGAUCAGCACAAUGCUUUCUCUUUCUAUGGCCAACUCUUCGUCGAGAAAACAAGCACAAUCUAGUGAAAACAGAAGAGAUUUGGAAGUUAAAAUUUGGGAUAGUUACAAACAAGUGGUACCAAGGCCACAGGGCUGAGUACUUAUUAGGAUCUGACCAUGUAAAAUUGAG